GAUGCAGGAACCACAGGGCUCCUCCACCAGUGACGGCCAUGGGGGCGACGUGGUCGCGGAGAGGUACCUGGUGGAGUCUCAGCAGUCUGCGUCGCACAUUCAGCUGGCGUGCCGCCCGCCUCUCUGCGCUUUCCCCCUGGACGGCACCGCGCUCUGCGUGUGGAGCUCCGAGGACCCCCCGCACCAGCUUCUAAUCUUAAGAGGACACCACCAGCCCAUUACCGCUGUGGCAUUUGGAAACACAGGGAGCCCGCUGCUGGUCUGCUCCGCGUCGCAAGAUUAUGUCAUAACGUGGGAGCUGCAGGAAUGCCGUGAGCGCGCGCGUCGAGGGGCCGUCCCGCGUGGGCUCGUCCUGGGCACCCUCCUGGGCACCGUGGUGUGCGUGCGGUACAGUCCGGAUGACCGGGUCGCUGCGGUGUGCGCCGGCAAUAAAGUGCUCGUGCUGGACGUCAAGAGUCGGUGCACACGCGUGGAGCUGGAGGGGCACCAGGGCCCCGUGACCACGGCUGAGUUCUGUGCCUGGCGGACACACGUCAUCUCGGCGUCUGAGGACAGGAGCUUCAAGGUCUGGGACUACUGCCAGGGGUCACUGGUGCACAGCUCCUCGGUGCUGACAGCCUCCCCGCUCCUGAGCCUCUUCGUGGACGGAGGGAGCCGGCAGCUCGUCGUCGGGUGUGCGCAGGGCCAGCUGUGGGUCUUCAGUCUGGUGGAGAGCCAUCACUACCGUCCUGUGACACGUGUGGACCUGAGGAAGGAGACGGACAGCUUCUCCACCAGGAGGGUCGGGUCCAGGCUGGGCAGCCAGCCAGGAGAGAGGGAGCCGCCCCCUGCACACAAGCUGGACAGAGGGGACGAGGCGGACACGGCCCUUCCCGUCCUGGGCCUGUCAGGCUGCGACCUGUCGCUCAUCCUGAACCCCGGACAUGGGGGCCUCGCUCCGGAGACUGCUGGCGGCCUGUGGGUUGGAAGCACCGUGGGGUCCCUGGUCCUGAACUUGGCGAGCUUUGAGCUGGAGGCUGUGCUGUACUACAAGGAUUUUCGGAACCUCAGCAUUCAAGUAGCUGGGUCGUGUGCCUUGAUGAGCCGCAAUGACAAGGCCUUUUGCUUACUCGCAUCCAUGUUUGGGAAUGAGAUCGCCGUGUUGGAGGUUGACCUGGCCGCUCUGGUGAGAUCGCAGCAGCACCCCCACCUGGAAACACAUCUCUCAGUGCUGCCCAGCUCCUGUGUCUUUCCGCCCUCUCCUCUGUACUUCGGACCCGCUGAGGAAGACUGUGCCAAGCCGGCUAGUCACAGGCAGGCCGCCGCUCGGAGCGCCCUGCGGGACCAGCCCCUGGUCUUCCACAGCCGCAUCAGGUCCUCUGGGUACACGUCCGCCCCGCAUGCGGCCAUGUUCUCCCCGAAGACCGGGACCAGGGGUGACAGCAGAAGGUCUUCAAAGUGCAAGAAGUCUCACACCUACAAGGACUACCCUGUGGACAGCUCUCUGCCGACCAGACUCCGCAGGCAGCUCACAGUCGCCCAGGGCCCGGGGGCCGUGCGCUGCGUCCAGUUCUCAGGAGACGGGCGGCAGCUGGCCUGCGGCCUAGCCAACCACCUGGCACUGGUCCUUGCUGCCGACCUCACUGGGACACCUGCUGUGUUCUCAGGUCAUGACGGGGCGGUGAGCGCCCUGGGCUGGAGCCACGACAACCGGUGGCUGCUGUCCGCCUCCCAGGACGGGACCCUGCGGGUGUGGUCGGUGCACCGGAGGGAGCUCGCCUUGAGCCUGGGCAGAGACCGGCUCCUGAAGCCCGUGCGCUGCGCUCAGUUCUACUACCUCGACUCCUUCGUGCUGCUGUCGUCCGGCCCCGAGCUCCAGCUGCUCAGGUGCCACCUGGACACCUGCAAGGAUGAGAUCAAGAGAUACAAGCAGAAGAGCAGCUGCACCCCCGUCCUGGGGCUCCCCACAGCCGGCGCCACGGAGAUCACCAGCUUGUCCGCCAUGAACGAGUUUUACUCCCACCUCGUGCUGACCGCCGGCCGGGACAGGACCCUGGAAGUGUUCGACCUCAGCGUGGGCCGCAGCGCGGCGGUGAUCGCGGGAGCUCACUCACGGCCUGUCCACCACAUUUGUCAAAAUAAAGGGUCCUCGUUCACUGCCCAGCAGCCUCGGGCUUACGAUCUCUUCGCAACCAUGGCCGUCGGCGACGGGAUCCGGCUGUGGGACCUGAGAACCCUGAGGUGUGAGCGCCGUUUUGAAGGACACCCGAACCGCUGCUACCCGUGCGGACUGGCCUUCAGCCCCUGUGGCCGGUUCGUGGCGUGUGGAGCUGAGGACAGACACGCGUACGUGUAUGAAAUGCGCUCCAGCACCUUCUCCCACAGGCUGGCCGGACACACGGACACCGUCACAGGCGUGGCCUUCAGCCCGUCGACCCCUCAGACCUCUGGCGAGGACCGCGUGGACCCGCCUUUGGAAGUGGCUGUGUCCUUGUAUUCGGGCCAGCAGGAGGCGGUGUGCACUGUGGGUCAGGCAGCUCCUGAGAUGCAGCAACAGGUGUGGAACACGGGCUCCCCUCUGCUGGAGGUGACCCGCGCAGACGCGCUGGUCGGGGACCUCGCCUCCUGCUCUGACGAGGAUGCAGGCUCAGGCAUGCGGGGGGCAAGGCAGCCGCUCAUCAGUGAUGCAGAUGCCGUCUUCACAGUGGCUGGCGGCGCGAGUGCUGUAUAG